UGCCAAUACGUCACUUCCUUGACAGUUUGUUCUUUUUUAUCGAGACCGACUUCUAGAGGAGGUUGUGUUUCAUUAGUUGCUUAGUAAAAUAUAAUUUAUUGUUAAAAAUGGCUUUCGUGAAAGUCGUGAAGAACAGGCAGUACUUCAAAAGGUACCAAGUGAAAUUCAAGAGGCGUCGCCAAGGUAAAACCGAUUACUACGCCCGCAAACGUCUCAUCGUCCAGGACAAGAACAAGUACAACACGCCUAAAUACCGUCUGAUCGUGCGUUUCUCCAACCGCGACAUUACUUGUCAAAUCGCCUACUCCCGCAUCGAAGGCGACAAGAUCCUCUGCUCGGCGUAUGCCCACGAAUUGCCCAGAUACGGCAUCAAAGCCGGUCUGACUAACUACGCUGCCGCUUACGCCACCGGUCUGUUACUGGCCCGUCGUCUCCUCAAGAAAUUAGGCCUCGACAGUUUGUACGCCGGUACCACAGACGUUACUGGCGACGAAUACAACGUAGAAGGCGUCGAAAACGGACCCGGAGCCUUCAGGUGUUACCUGGAUACCGGUUUGAAACGUACGAGCACUGGUGCUCGUGUGUUUGGAGCGAUGAAAGGUGCAGUCGAUGGGGGUUUGAACAUUCCGCACUCGACGAAACGUUUCCCAGGUUUCGAUGGUGAGAGCAAAAGUUUCAACGCUGACGUCCAUCGCAGCCACAUUUUCGGUAUUCACGUUGCUGACUACAUGAAGUCGUUGGAGGAGGAAGACCCGGAAGCGUUCAAGAGGCAAUUCAGCCAAUACAUUAAAUUGGGAAUCAACGCUGACCAGAUUGAGAAUAUUUACAAGAAUGCGCAUGCUGCUAUUCGUGCCAAUCCUGAGCCCGAGAAGAAAGCGGAGAAGGCUCCCGCGACCACCCAAAAGAGAUGGAACCGCAAGAAGCUCACUUUGGCCGAACGCAAGAACCGCGUCGCCCAGAAGAAGAAGUCCUUCUUGGCCAAGCUCCAAGAACAAGAAGCUUGAACAUUUUUUAUGUUUUAAAUAUUGGAUAUUGUGUAAUUUAAAUUUAAUAAAAUACGCAAUUGUG